UGUAAAUGUUCACCACUUAAUUUAAUUUAUGUACCAAAUUUCAUCAUAAUAACUAAUUCAUCAACCUAGUUAUUAACACACUCCAUGGCUGAAAUUCACUCUCAAACUCCAACAAUUAGUCCCACAAUAAGCAAACCAUGUAACAAUCCUCCAACACAACAUGGUCUCAAUUCUAUGGUUCUUGUAGCAGCUAUAGUUUGUGCUUUACUUUGUGCUCUUGGUCUCAACACAAUGUUACAAUGUGUGUUCCAAUGCGCGAACCGUGUCCUUACCGAACCUCUACAAUGGAUCACUUCUCGAAGGCGCAAUUCCGGACUCAAGAAGAAAGAAAUGGUUGCUUUGCCAACAUCAAUUUAUAAUACUCAUUCAGCUGGAUCAACUCCUCCAUGUUUGGAUUCUAGUUGUGCCAUUUGCUUAGCUGAAUUUUGUGAUGGUGAUAACAUGAAGUUGCUACCAAAGUGUAAUCAUCGUUUUCAUGUUGUUUGUAUUGAUAAGUGGUUACUUUCUCAUUCUUCUUGUCCUACUUGUAGAAAAAUGAUCAAGUCCAAUGAUUCUGUACAUUGCUUAAGCAUUGUCAUAUCAUAGUUUGUAGUUUUUGUAACAAUUUUCAUAUCAUAGUAAAAGUAAAUG